AUGUUAGUCAUCAAUUUUUCUGGCGCGACGGGUCUCACAAUCAGCAACUCAGACUUUGACGGCCGCACGAAGUUCUUAGCUUCUUGUGACGGUCACCACUACUUGGGUUUCUUGCUACUUGGUAAAUGGACUGAGUUGAGCCUGCUUGGGAACUACAUCAAUCACAGUUCAGGUCAGUCGCCUAAAGUUGGAGGCGGCAAAUGCGAAACGACUGUUCUUCACGCCGCCAACAACUUCUUUGACUCGAACUCUGGCCACUCAUUUGACGUGGUAAACGGAGGAUACGUUCUGGCCGAAGGCAAAUACUUUUCUAAGGUGAAGAUACCAGCUCAAGAAGCGUCUAAACACCUGUUUGUGCCAACUUCAGCUAUUGACUGCAAGGCAGUCAUUGGUCGUGCCUGCUCAAUGAACGUUCUCAAGGAUUCCGGACCUCUAAAGGGACGCUUAGGAGAUGCGUCUGCGGGUGGAGAAGAUAUGGAAAACAGCGUGACGCAAGACGACAUCUUGACAGGCUCCUCGUCAUCCGACAAGUCUACGUCAUAUAGUCCUUCGGCAGGUGGUCCCAUCACACCCGGUUCGGAUACAUCGAAGUCAAUGGACAAUACCGAGGCGCCAGUCUCAGAGGACAAGACUGGUGGGCAGGCGGACAAAAACGCCGACGACGACUUCGAGGAAAGUGACAAAGAGGGCAGCGAUGGCUCCAGCCAUCUGCGCAAAAACGAAAAUGAUGCUAACGCUUGGCAGCCGUAG